UAGCUGUUGGGUGACGUUUCACGUGCGAGUCGUGUGCAAAGUAUAUGAAAAUUUGCCUUUUCGUCCGAAGACCACACAUUAAGGUUGUGUCUUCAGCUAGUUUCCUUCCAGAUCUACGUAGCUUUCUUGUCGGUCCGAGCUAAACAGUUAUAUAACCAUGCCUUUCAAGCCGGUGGAACAUCCCAAGUGCCCCAAGUGUAGCAAGUCUGUCUAUGCUGCGGAGGAGAUGUUGGCAGCAGGCCAGAAGUGGCAUAAAACCUGUUUCAAAUGUGGUCUCUGCCAUAAGAGUUUGGACAGCACAAACGCCACUGAACACGGCGGUGAACUGUACUGUAAACAAUGUUACGGAAGGAAGUUCGGACCUAAAGGUUACGGUUUUGGCCAAGGUGCGGGCACUCUCAGUAUGGACACUGGAGCGCAUCUAGGCAAUACUGAAACACAAAUGUCCAACAAACCAACCGAUCCUAACUACGGUUAACAUUUGAUUUCUGUUCAUCAAACCAACCACCAGCCAUCUAAAGAUAAAAUAAAUAAAAGUACAACAACGCCUGGAUGAAUUUUCAACCAGCCAGCAAAAGAUUGAUAUUAAUAUUUGUUUUUUAAAAUAACCUGUUCAUAAAACAGCCUGUUCAUGUGAUCAUGGGAUUACUAACUUAUAAGUUCGUAUUAAAUUUAAAAAGUAAGCCAGAGUGCUUUUCUAUGGCACAUUUGCUAUUUUUUACGUAGUUUAAAAAAAAUCUAAAAUCUUAUCGUCUCUAAAUAAGAAGUCGGAAAUUAAUCCUAUGUUUAAUUGUAUACUGUACAAAUAACGUUAGAAACUGUGUACUUUAAACACAAUAAAAUACCUAUAUCCUCGAUACCAA